AGAGCAUCUAUGUGUCUGUGUGUGCGCAUGUAUCUCUGUGGGGCUGCAUGAUGACAUGCAGUCUUUAUCUGCUUUAGAUUUAGAGACUGAAAUCCAUUAUUUCUGCCAUCCUCAUACACUAUCUUCUGUUCUCCUCUCUCUGUUCUGUAUCUUAUCAUGCUUUCUAUCCUAUUUUCGUCUCCUUUAAGAUUGUGCUGCCCUGUUUUUCCUGUUAAUCACUGGAAUGUUUUUCCCCUGCAAAGCUUAGUCUCGUCACACACACAUUCAAUUUCUUCUCAAACCUUUUCUCCCUUUCUUCCUCCUUCUCAUCAAAAGCAACUUGCCUCUCUGCUAUUUCUAGUUUUUCCCACUGCAUGUUCCUCUCUCACUCUCUCCCUCCCUCUCUCUUUCUGCUUUUUUUCUCUCACACCCUCCCUCUUUCCUCCUCAUCCUCCUUCGGCAGACAGAAUGCUGCAGCAUCCACUGAGUAAGAUUUACCAGGAAAAUACCCACAAAAUUGAGGGAAGCAAAAGAUUGACAGCAGGCAACAAUGGCCCGGCUGAACUGGUGUCUGGCAGCAGUGAUUAGCUGGGGGAAGUUCCUCUUCUCUUGUUUCUUUCCAUUGAGAGCAGCGAGGAGGGAUAAGCCAGAAGACUUUGAAGCUGUUCAUUCCCACACCUUUAAGGCAAAGUCCUUUAAAAAAGCAAAGAGUUGUGCAGUGUGCAAGCAGGCUCUGACGAAGGAGGGCCUGGUCUGCAAAGUGUGCAAGUUGUCCUGCCAUAAGAAAUGUGAGGUAAAGGUAGCCACAGCCUGUGAAUCCAAUCCUACAACGAAUCCUAACCAGAAUCAGCAGGCAUCAACAAAAUCACCCAAUAUGGACUUAAAACGAAGACCAUCCAGGCGCUUGAGUCUAAUGCAAACAUUGGAAGAAAAUAAUGAGGUGGACCUUCUCUACAUCACAGAACGCAUCAUUGCUCUGUCCUUCCCAGGAGGAACAGAGGAGAACAAAUACAGUGUACAUCUGAGGGAGGUGACCAGCAUGCUCCGUUCCAAACACCAACAGCACUAUCUAAUGCUUAAUCUCAGUGAACGGAGGCAUGACAUCACCAAGCAGAACCCAAGAGUGCUGGACUUUGGUUGGCCUGAUCAUCAUGCUCCCGCUCUAGACAAAAUCUGCAGUAUCUGUAAAGCCAUGGACACCUGGCUUAAUGCAGACCCUCACAAUGUGGUGGUACUUCACAACAAGGGAAACUGGGGGAGAACUGGUGUUGUGGUCGGUGCCUAUAUGCACUACAGUAACAUAUCUGCCAGUGCUGACCAGGCAUUGGACAGGUUUGCGAUGAAGCGUUUUUAUGAAGACAAAGCCAUGCCUGUGGGGCAGCCUUCCCAGAGGAGGUAUGUGCAAUACUUCGCUGGUCUCCUUUCUGGUCACAUAAAGAUCAAUAACAAACCCUUGUUCCUUCACCAUGUCAUCAUGCAUGGCAUCCCGAAUUUUGAGUCUAUAGGAGGUUGCAGACCCUUUCUCAAAAUCUAUCAAGCAAUGCAGCCUGUGUACACAUCUGGAAUUUAUAAUGUUAAAGGUGACAGUCAUACAAGCAUCUGUAUCACCAUUGAGCCUGGUCUGCUACUAAAAGGAGAUAUACUGCUGAAAUGUUAUCACAAACGAUAUCAAAACCCCAGUAGGGAUGUGAUCUUCAGAGUACAGUUCCACACAUGUGCAUUACACAAUUUAGCUCUGGUCUUCACCAAGAAUGACCUUGAUGACACAUUUAAAGCAGAUGAGAGAUUUCCUGAAUAUGGGAAGGUGGAGUUUAUCUUUUCUUUUGAUCCUGAGAAAAUCAAAGGGUUGGAUCAUCUACAGAAUGGACCUAGUGUCUCUGUGGACUACAACACACAGGAUCCCUUAAUCCGUUGGGACUCUUAUGAAAACUUCAACAGGAGAUGUGAAGACGUUAAUGUUGGUAAGAGACACUAUUCUUGCUUCACUGUUCUUGUUCAAUAUAAUGACUAUUUAGACAUUUGUGUUACCCGAGCCUUAUAUACUGUAUGUUGUUAUAUGUUUUUAUGUGUAAACAGUUUAACAAAACCUCACCCUAAAGUGAACCUAUUAUGCAAAAAAUCCAUUUACAUAUUUGAUCCCUAAUGCAUUUUUAAGGUC